AGAGAGAGAGCGAGAGCGAAAGAGAGAGAAAGAACGACAUUUGAGAGAAGCCUGUCGGUUAAAAGUUGAGCCUCCGCUUCAGCAUCUGAUUUAGAAUCGACAACAUUUUCAAGUUGUUUCGGUCGGCGUGCACAGAUGCGGUCCCGCCUGGUGGCGCUGCUGGGCGUAAUGGCGAUGGUCACGUGUCAGCGCCAACCAGCCAACGCCGGUGCGGGCACGACGAGCGAUCGUCACGCCACGGUGUCGACACCCGAUACCAACAGGUGACACUUGACUUCAAUAAAUGGUACGUGAAGAAGAAGCUGGAAGCGAUGCAGAUAGAUGGAAGACGACUGUCGUUUGACACGGCCUGGAUGUUACACUUCGUGACGCGGGGACCUGUGAUUGACGAUGGAGAUGCUGCUAGAGAGAUAACUUCUAUUAAGGGCGGAUUGUGGAGACACUGUUACGGACGACAAAGGUCUGUCUGGAAAAAGAAACGUCUGCCUCGGUGUUGGAACCAAACCUUACGGACAUUAUGCAGAACUCCAGGAACUAUGACGAACUGCUGGAUGUAUGGCUGCGAUGGAGGGACGCCGUGGGUCCGCAGAUGCGACGCUCCUACGCUCGCCUCGUCUCUUUACUCAACCACGUCGCUAGAAGCAGCGGCUACAGUGAUCAAGCCGAGGUGUGGAAGGAACUGUUUGACAUACCAGACCUCAGGUCUUAUGUUGAGCAGAAAUGGCAGCGCCUGAGGCCUCUCUAUCUGCAACUACACGCAUAUGCGCGCAGCAAACUCCGCCACUUAUACGGGAAAAAUAAAGUUUCCGAAAAAGGCCCUAUUCCGGCACAUAUUCUAGGCAACAUGUGGGCGCAGGAUUGGUCGUCGUUGUACAGCCUGCUGGCACCGUACCCCGGGGUUGAGCUACCUGACAUCAGUAGCGAGCUGCAGGGACAGGAAUACACGGCUGACAGGAUAUUUCAUACGGCUGAAGAUUUCUACACGUCCAUUGGGCUGGAGCCUAUGACCAAAACCUUCUGGAAGAGGUCCAUGCUGCAAAAACCCGCGGGCCGUGACGUCAUGUGUCAUGGGUCAGCUUUCAACAUGCACGACUGGCGAGGCGAGGACUUUAGGAUCAAGAUGUGCACGGAGAUUGAUUCUUCGCAUUUCUCGACCGCCCAUCACGAGAUGGGGCACAUCGAGUACUACAUGAUGUACGGCGACCAGCCCGACCUCUACCAGGAAGGUGCGAACCCAGCUUUCCACGAAGCCGUGGGAGAUACGAUCCUUCUGUCAGUAAGCACUCCGCAACACCAGAGCAUCAUCGGGCUUGCCGCACCAUCGUCGCACGCUGACAACUACGAGUUUCAGAUAAACUACUUGAUGAAAAUGGCGCUGCGAACAGUUGCCUUUCUUCCAUUCGGGUUGCUAGUGGACCUGUGGCGUUGGGACGUGUUCGAGGGUGUUGUUACUGAGGAGGAGUGGAACGAGCACUGGUGGAACCUGAGAGAGCAGUACCAGGGAGUGCGACCGCCCACAGCUAGGCACAGCACCGACUUUGAUCCAGGCUCCAAGUACCAUAUACCACUGAAUAGCAAAUACAUCAGCUAUUUCUUGAGCUACCAGCUGCAGUUUCAGUUUCACAAGGCGUUGUGCGCGGCGGCUGGCCAUCAGGGGCCUCUGCAUACGUGUGACAUAUACAACUCGCGGGCCUCUGGUGACACUAUGAGGCGUGGGCUGCGACUCGGCUGCAGUCGACCGUGGCCGGACGUCUUAGAGCUAAUGACAGGAGACCGGGAUAUGAGUCCGGAUGCUCUGUUGGAGUACUACCAGCCGCUGAUGCAGUGGCUACAGGAACACAACGCGCAACAAGAUAUUCACGUCGGAUGGUAGAGAAACCAAUGAACAGCAA